GGGUCGCACCUGACGGCUGUCGUGAAGCAGCGGGAGGAGAACGAGGGAAGGAGAUAGGGGGGAGUCCAGGCCCGGGCCACCCCCGGGCCCGCGGGGAGUUGGCGCUGCGCCCCCCCACUCCGCCCCGCCGCGCUCCGCCCCGCCGCAGCUGGAGGCGGCAGCAGCAGCCGCAGGAGGAGGUGGAGGCGGCGCCGCCGCCGGCUAUGUAGGGCCCCGGUGCGGGCGGAUCCGGAGGCCGCUGCCCGCCUCUGGAGCGCGGCGCCGGGGCCGGGCCCGGCGGGAUGUUCUCCAAGAAGCCGCACGGGGAUGUGCGGAAAUCCACGCAGAAGGUGCUGGACACCCGCAAGGACCCGCUCACCCGCCUCAAGCAUCUGCGCGUCCUCAUCGAGAAUGCAGAAUCAAUUGAUCUCAAACAGUUUUUUGAUCUACAUUUCUCACAUAUAUAUUAUGUGUUCUUUGAAAACUUUGUGACUAUUGAAGUAGGUCUGAAACAAAAAGGUCACAAGUCUCAGAGAGAAGAAUUAGAUUCUAUUCUUUUUAUUUUUGAGAAAAUAUUGCAACUCCUUCCAGAAAGGAUUCAUCAGAGAUGGCAAUUUCAUAGUAUUGGGUUGAUUUUAAAGAAGCUUCUUCAUACUGGAAAUUCAUUGAAGAUACGUCGAGAGGGCGUGCGUCUCUUUCUGCUGUGGCUGCAAGCACUUCAGAAUAACUGCAGUAAAGAACAAUUAUGGAUGUUUUCUUGCUUAAUUCCCGGAUUUUCAUCACCGCAAUCUGAAUAUGGUCCUCGAACACUAGAUAAUCUUAUUAACCCUCCUCUUAAUGUUCAAGAAACUCAAGUGACUAUAGAGGAAAUCACUCCACUUGUUCCUCCUCAAUCUGGAGAUAAAGGACAAGAAGACUUAACAAGCUAUUUCUUAGAAGCGCUUUUGAAAUACAUAGUAAUUCAGGUUAAGAGCUUAGAAUGGAAGAACAAGGAAAACCAGGAAAAGGGAUUUUCAUUUUUAUUCUCAAAUUUUAAGAAAUAUUACUUACCUUCUAUUUUCCCAAACAUCUGUAAGGAGACCAGCUUAUAUAACCCUUUACUUGAUAUACCACAGAUGAGACCAAAGCCACACUAUGUAAUGGUUAAGAAAGAUGCUGAAACCAAUGAGGCAAUAUAUUGCACAAAAGAACCUUUUAUUAAGGCUCGUGUUAUUGUCAUUCGGUGGUUGGUGUCUUUCUGGCUUGAGCCAAAACCCCAUACAGGACCUCAUAUUCCUGGGAUAGAAGGUGAAAAUGUGCCAAAGAAUAUUCAGAGAGCAGCUGCUAGCAUGGCUUCAAGAGAAGACAGCAAAAAUGACAAUACUGACAAACAGGAUAGAAACGCAGAGCCAGAACAAUCUCAUUCUAAUACAAGUACUCUAACAGAGAGAGAACCAAGUUCUUCUAGCCUCUGCAGCAUUGAUGAAGAACAUUUAACUGAUAUUGAAAUUGUCCGCAAAGUCUUUUCUUCUAAAAGAAGUAAUGUUAAUUUUCUAACUGAGAUUUUUCGACAGGCAUUUCUGUUGCCAAUAUGUGAAGCGGCUGCCAUGAGGAAAGUGGUAAAGGUAUAUCAGGAAUGGAUUCAGCAAGAAGAUAAGCCUUUAUUUAUGAAAGAAGCUGAAGAAGUAAUGCAAUGUGCAACUGUAGAUUGUGAUGAAAAUGUUGUAGACCACAAUUCAUCAGAGAAAGCAAAAGAAAGAGAAGAGGAAAAAGCUAUAAACUCCAGUCACGUUAGAAAUUCAAACUGGGCAAGAAAUGGCUGUUACCAAGAGACUUUGCAUAAACUGUCUGAGACUGAUACUGAAGAGCAAAAUGUGCGAGCUGGAGUGCAGUCAGUAUUACAGGUUUUUAUAAUAAAUUCCUCAAACAUAUUCUUUCUUGAACCUGCAAAUGAAAUUAAAAUUCUGCUGGAUGAACACACUGAUAUGUGUAAACGCAUUCUUAAUAUCUAUCGUCACAUGGUAGUUCAAGUUACUAUGGACAAGAAGACUUGGGAACAAAUGCUACUUGUGCUGCUCAGAGUUACUGAAUCUGUGCUGAAAAUACCACCCCAAACCUUCUUGCAGUAUCAAGGAAGAAAAAACUCCACUUUAGCAGGAAGACUUGCAGGACCUCUUUUCCAGACUCUUAUAGUAGCUUGGAUCAAAGCAAAUCUAAAUGUGUACAUCUCUCGAGAACUUUGGGAUGACUUACUGUCUGUCAUGUCAUCACUGACAUACUGGGAAGAGCUGGCCACUGAGUGGUCACUGACAAUGGAGACACUAACUAAAGUGUUAGCUAGAAACCUGUAUAGUCUGGACCUCAGUGACCUGCCAUUGGAUAAGUUAAGUGAGCAGAAGCAGAAAAAACACAAAGGCAAAGCAGUUGGGCAUGAAUUCCCCAAGUCUUCUGUGGAUAAGUCAUUUUCUAGAGGCUGGAGCCGUGAUCAGCCUGGACAGGCACCAAUGAGACAACGGAGCGCUACAACCACUGGAUCUCCAGGAACUGAAAAGGCAAGAAGCAUAGUACGGCAGAAAACUGUUGACAUUGAUGAUGCUCAAAUUCUUCCACGUCCACCUCGAGUCAGACAUUUUUCACAGAGUGAGGAUGCUCCAAGUGAAGUUUUUGGUGCAUUAAGUGAGGAGCAACCACUGCCACGAAGUAGCAGCACCUCUGACAUCCUGGAACCAUUUGCAGUUGAACGAGCCAAAGGUGCAGUUCCUGUCAUUGACAGUUCACCCCAUCAUGCUCCAAGUUUACAGAGUUCCACUGAGACCUCUUCAAUGCAUAGAUCCACUGAAAGCCAUAUUACUGAUUCAAAUAGCAGAGAGUCCUCCUUGGAAGUUGGGGAUAGUAUUUAUGACCAUCUUUGUCAUUUAAUAGGGCCAGUAGAAUUUGCAAACACAACCUUUGAACAAAACCAGUAUGUUGACCUUGAAGGUGAAGAUGAUCUUCUUUCCUCUCUGAGAGAAUAUCUUAAAGAAAAAGAAGAACUUUGCGGUAACUUUGAGAUAGAUGAAUGUGAGGCUUCUGCUCACGAAGGUGAUACAUCAGUAAAUAGGAACGAUAGAUUACCACUGGAUGGAUUAGAAAAUAGUGAUCAGACUGGUCAAUGCACGAAUAGCAUCACUGUUACAGAAAGACCUGAUAACCCCGAGCUGCACCUAGAACAAAAUCAAAGUGGCUUUAUAAGUAAUAUUGCACCUACUCAAAUAGACAUUUUUGCAAGAAAUGAAGCACUCGAUAAAGUCAGACAGUUAAAUAUUGAUAAAAAAUGUGAAAGUCUGUUUGAUCAUGGGCCAAGUAGUCCUAGCAUCAAAGAUGGAAAAAGAUAUCUGUACAGGCAAGCAGCCACUGAAGCUGAUAUAGAUUCAGCUGUGGAAGAAGCAUUAGCUGAAAAGCAGAGAAGUGCUCAGUUUAAUGAAAAAAUAACCGACUCACGUGUUAUGCAUGCAAAGAAAAUCCUUCCUAAAGCACAAGUUAAUCCUCAAAUGCCUCACAUCACAGGUACAAGCAAGCUGUCACCAACUAAAAGGAGUAUAUCUGAAACAGUAACUCACAGGGCUAAAAUCAUGAAAAUAACAACUAAAAAAAGAAAUAGCGUUCAUGUAACUUUUAGACCAUCUACAGAAUCAGUUCAAUUUUACAAUCCUCUUGAGAACAAAGAGGCUGCUUGGAAAGCAAGACUUCGUAAACUUAGUGGCUUCAGUAGUAGUGGUAGUGGUAGCGGCAACAGCAGUACCAGUACAAGCACCAGCUCAUCAGCUGCCACGGAGCUGGUUAGACCUGGAAUAUAUAGACCUCUAGAUGCAAUCAGUGCUGCUUCACUUAGUAGCAAGCAAAGUAAAGAAAUUAUGGAAACUCAAGCAGCCGUGCUGCAAAAGGAAGGCAUUGCAGUUAAUCAGUUCCACAGUCGUAGUGCAUUUAGAUCAUCAGGUCAGGAGUCAGCGCAACAGCAGGGCUCCCUGGGUGGUGUUUAUAAAACUGUUGUACAUGCUCUUUCGAAGCCGAAGGCAAAUGUUUCCCCACAGAGGCAGAACAGAAUGCCAGCAGAGGCUCCACUGAGGGAUCUGUACAGUCAUGUAAUGGGCUAUUUUGGAAGGAAAGCUGCAGCUAAUAGAGAGGACGUGAGUCAAAAGCUGCACCCUAUUGAUAGUGAUAUUGGCAGUAGCAAUACAAAUGUUCCUGACCUCAUGGAUGAAUUUAUAGCUGAGAGACUCCGCAGUGGUAGUGCACUGAAUGUGACAAGACGAGGAAGCAGUCCUGGCAGCCUGGAAGUUCCAAAAGACCUUCCUGAUGUAUUGAACAAACAGAACCAAAUGCGUCCUAUAGAUGACCCAGGCGUGCCUUCUGAAUGGACAUCACCUGCUAGCGCAGGCAGCAGCGACCUCAUCAGUUCAGAUAGCCACUCGGACUCGUUCAGUGCUUUUCAGUAUGAUGGACGCAAGUUUGAAAGUACACUUACAGCGACUAAGCAGAAUACAGGACAUGCAAUAGGAAUGUCUUCUCCAGAAGUUCAGUCGCAGUUUUGUGACAGAAAUGAGAAUGUCCAUAAUAGCCAAUUACUUUCUGCUUUUACAUCUUAUGUAAAUUGUGCAACAGUGUGUUGGAAGCAUAGGAGGUGUACAUACAAGUUUUACAUGGAGGAUUUUGGAGAUUUCAGCUUUGGAACAGAGGCAGGGACACCAGCUUCCACUGAUGCUGAUGCAAUUUCAGGACAGCAACAGAGUGCUGAGGAACAAGAAGUAGCCAGUCUAACUACACUCCACAUAGAUUCGGAAACAAGUAGUCUCAAUCAGCAACCAUUGUCUGCUGAAGCUGCAACUGUUACUGGCUCUGAAAGUGCUUCUCCAAUCCAAUCUGCUCUUGGAUCCCGAUCACAGACACCCUCUCCUGCCACUCUUCAUGCAGAUCAUAUUGAGCAGAAGGAUCUGCAACUGGAUGAGAAGCUCCACCACUCUGUUUUACAGACGCCAGAUGACCUAGAAACUAGUGAAUUCCCCUCAGAAUGUUGCAGUGUUAUGGCUGGGGGAACACUUACAGGAUGGCACGCAGAUGUUGCUACCGUGAUGUGGAGGCGAAUGCUAGGAAUUUUAGGGGAUGUCAACAGCAUCAUGGAUCCAGAGAUUCAUGCCCAGGUUUUUGAUUACCUAUGUGAACUGUGGCAGAAUCUGGCCAAGAUAAGAGACAAUCUUGGUAUUUCAACAGAUAACCUCACUUCACCAUCUCCACCAGUUUUAAUCCCACCACUGAGAAUUCUAACACCUUGGCUGUUCAAGGCAACAAUGCUGACUGAUAAAUACAAACAAGGAAAGCUACAUGCUUAUAAACUCAUUUGUAAGACAAUGAAGCGAAGACAAGAUGUAUCUCCAAACAGGGAUUUUUUAACUCAUUUCUACAAUAUAAUGCACUGUGGACUUCUUCAUGUUGAUCAGGAUAUUGUCAAUACAAUCAUCAAGCACUGCUCUCCUCAGUUCUUUUCACUUAGUUUGCCUGGUGCCACCAUGCUUAUUAUGGAUUUCAUUGUAGCAGCAGGAAGGGUGGCAGCUUCUUCUUUUCUCAAUGCACCAAGAGUUGAAGCACAAGUUCUUUUAGGAUCUCUUGUCUGUUUUCCCAAUUUAUAUCAUGAACUACCAGCUCUUCACCCAAACAUUCCUGACAUAGCUGUGUCUCAGUUUACAGAUGUUAAGGAGCUCAUAAUUAAAACUGUGUUAAGUUCAGCCAGAGAAGAGCCAUCUGGUCCUGCACGAUGUGUUGCUCUUUGCAGCCUUGGUAUUUGGAUCUGUGAGGAGCUAGUUCAUGAAUCUCAUCAUCCUCAGAUCAAGGAAGCAUUGAAUGUGAUUUGUGUUUCUUUAAAGUUUCCAAAUAAAACAGUAGCUCAAGUUGCCUGCAGUAUGCUGAACAUGCUGAUACAUUAUGUGCAUAGACUUCAAGUGUAUCAAGCUGAUUCACCUUUAAGAAUUAUUCAAAUUCUGAUAGCAACGAUUACCCAUCUGCUACCUGGUACAGAAGCUUCAUCCUAUGAACAGGACAAGAGGUUGGUAGUUUCUUUACUUCUGUGCUUAUUGGAUUGGAUAAUGGCCUUGCCAUUAAAGACCUUGAUGCAGCCUCUUCAUGCUACGGGAGCAGAAAAUGAUAAGACUGAGAGAUCUGUUCUCAAUUGUAUAUAUAAGGUUCUACAUGGAUGUGUCUAUGGAUCUCAGUGUUUUAGUAACCCCAAAUAUUUUCCCCUAAGUCUUUCUGAUUUGGCAUGUGUGGAUUAUGAUCCAUUUAUGCAUUUAGAAAGCUUGAAGGAACCAGAACCACUGCAUUCUCCAGACUCGGAGCGUUCUUCUAAACUUCAACCAGUCACUGAAGUGAAAACUCACAUGCAACAAGGAUUAAUUUCUGUUGCUGCUCGUACUGUGAUCACACAUCUAGUCAACCACUUAGGCCACUAUCCUAUGAGUGGAGGACCUGCUAUGCUAACUAGUCAAGUGUGCGAAAAUAAUGACAAUCCAUACAGUGAAAGUCCUGAGCUUUCUCCUGAACUUUUUGAGAACCCAAACCUUCAAUUCUUUGUGUUAAACAAUACUUCCUUGGUGUCUUGCAUACAAAUCCAAGCAGAAGAUGACAUGCCUGGGGGAGGAUUAUCUGCUGGACUUGCAUCUGCUAACUCAAAUGUCAGAAUUAUAGUGCGUGAUCUGUCUGGCAAAUACUCGUGGGAUUCAGCCAUUUUGUAUGGACCGUCAUCCUUAUGUCCAUCUUCGCAACAAACAUCUUUUGCCCUUUCAUUAUCUCAACAAGAAAAAACUGAAGAUCCUCUCUCUUCUUUUGAGCAUGUGGAGGAUAUAUCUGCAAGGGAUGGAAUUACACUCCAAGUAAAAAGGAAAUUUAGAGACACUGUACCAACAUGGGAUACAAUUAGGGAUGAAGAAGAUGCCCUUGAUGAGCUCUUGCAGUAUUUAGGUGUUACAAGCCCUGAAUGCUUACAGAGAACUGGAGUCUCACUCAACAUUCCUGCUCCUCAACCAGUCUGCAUCUCAGAGAAGCAGGAGAAUGAUGUCAUCAAUGCAAUUCUGAAACAGCACACGGAAGAGAGAGAGUUUGUUGAAAAACAUUUCAAUGAUUUAAAUAUGAGGGCUAUGGAGCAGGAUGAGCCAACAUCGCAAAAGCCCCAGUCAGCAUUUUACUACUGCAGACUACUUCUCAGUGUACUGGGAAUGAAUUCUUGGGAUAAAAGAAGGAGCUUUCAUCUCCUGAAGAAAAAUGAGAAGUUACUUCGAGAGCUCAGAAAUUUGGACUCAAGACAAUGCCGAGAGACACACAAGAUUGCAGUGUUUUAUGUUGCUGAGGGACAAGAAGAUAAACACUCCAUUCUUACUAAUACUGGGGGAAGUCAAGCCUAUGAGGAUUUUGUAGCUGGCCUUGGCUGGGAGGUAAAUCUCACAAACCAUUGUGGCUUUAUGGGAGGACUGCAAAAAAACAAAAGCACUGGAUUGACCACUCCAUAUUUUGCUACCUCAACAGUAGAAGUAAUGUUCCAUGUGUCAACAAGAAUGCCUUCUGAUUCAGAUGAUUCUCUAACAAAAAAGCUAAGACAUUUGGGAAAUGAUGAAGUACACAUUGUUUGGUCAGAGCAUACUCGAGAUUAUAGAAGAGGAAUAAUUCCAACAGAAUUUGGUGAUGUUCUUAUUGUUAUCUAUCCCAUGAAAAACCAUAUGUUCAGUAUCCAGAUCAUGAAGAAGCCUGAGGUUCCAUUUUUUGGUCCACUCUUUGAUGGUGCUAUUGUGAAUGGAAAAAUUCUUCCUAUUAUGGUUCGCGCAACAGCUAUAAAUGCAAGCCGUGCAUUGAAAUCAUUAAUCCCUUUAUACCAAAACUUCUAUGAGGAGAGAGCGCGAUACCUGCAAACAAUUGUUCAGCAUCACCUAGAACCUACAACUUUUGAGGAUUUUGCUGCUCAGGUUUUCUGUCCAGCACCUUACCACCAUUUGCCCUCGGAUGCAGGCUCCUGCCCAGAGACUCAGCCGGGAGAGCCUCCAGCAGCAGCAGCAGCAGCGCAGGCGGAUGGAACAGACUUAGCCUCACCCAUGUCUCCUCGGACUAGCAAGAGCCGCAUGUCCAUGAAGCUGCGGCGCUCCUCGGGCUCAGCCAACAAGUCCUGAGGAAGGGAUGCCCGCAGCUUUCUGACAGCACUGCAGCCUGCAGCUGGAGGACAGCACCCGGCCCCCGCUUACCCUUCUGUGUGCUUGUUUUAAACAGUGACACUGGAAUUUUACUUUCAUAUUUUAGCUUUUUUUUUUUUUUAGUUUUUUUUUUUCUUUUAUCAAACUCCAGGCUUUUUUCUUUCUUUCUUUUUUUUUAUUACAAUUUUUUCCCCUUUUUUAUUUAGUGCAGCCUGCCCUCUGUACCUGUUACCACGCUGGGUGAUGGGGACACCUCCCCAGAAGUCCUUUUUAGCUCUGGUUGAUCUGAGUGACACACAAAUUGGAGACUGCCGUUUGGUUACACCAUAUUUAUUGUGCCCCACUGCAAUUUUCUCUGAAACAAAGAAAUAUGUACAAUUUGAAAAAUGAGUGUACACUUUUAAAUUGGAGUUGCAUUUGUGAAGUCUCUGUCAGAUGUCACAGUGCUAAUGCACGCCUGUGUGCAGAUUAUUUAUGUUAAGAAUAAAAUACUGCAACAGCCUUCCAGGAGUUACAGAGCCCAAACGGAGUAACUUGCGUGCAGCACCAGCUCCUUCCUCACAGAGCAAUGCGUCAUGUCAUAGCUGCGCAGGUGGUGCCAUAAUCUAUGCCAGAAAAGAUAAAAAUCACUGUGCUGAAGUUCUCCUUCUGCUUGGCUUCCAAAUAUUUUUAUAACGUUUGCUUUUCAAAGUGGUAUCAGUAGUCAGUGCCACUGAGUUCCAUGAGUUUUAGCCUUUCUCACUGGGCUGCUGGGCUAGAUGUGUGUCAUUGUUCCUUAAACAAACAAAGAAGCAAGCACUUUCCUGAUCUAAACUCGUUGCUCUGACGCUGUGUACUGCAGAAGCAAAGGGAACACGCUGCAGGACCAGACCUGCGGUGCCACUGAUUCGAGCCCAAAGCGCAGCACCGUACGCGCAUUCCACCCAUCCAGAGAUAUUUUCCUACCGGAGAUGAGAUGCUCACAUUUUGGGGCUGGCAAACAACAGAAUGCUGUUAACAAAAUGUAGCAUGGCAUCGGUACUAACUGCAUGUGUAAAUAUAUCAUAUGGGCAACAGUAAAAAUAUAAAUUAUGUAUUGUCAUUCAUGUAGUAUCUACAAAUUUGUAAUGGUUGAAGAGAAGACAUGCUAUUUAAUAAUACAAUAAAAUUAUUCUUACCACC